UCCACCGACACAGUUCCAAACUCAUUCAGUGUCGUUUAAUCAGUUCCUUCUUGUGGUGGGUGCGGAAGGUUGUUUUGUCGUUCAGACUGUUGAAUUGAAAGUGAAUGUGGAACACAGACAGAGAAAAAAAUUAAUUACUACAUACAUACUUUCAGUUCAAUAGUUUAUUCAGCCUUCCUAAUUAAAAUUAAAUUGAUUACAAAUAUUUAAGUGAAAGUUUAAAAAAACACAAUUUGUUUCCUAAAAAUGUACACGAGAAGGUUCGGCACAGGGACUACGAAGGAAGACCUCAGGGAGAUCGUGAAGGAGGGUUGGUGUCCACCAAGAAAUUCGUACGAUGAGGUGUAUCCCGGAAUUUUGCUUGGAGAUGCAACAACAGCUUUAAGUGUGCGGAGGUUGGUCAGUGAAGGAGUCACACACAUCCUUAAUGCAGCAAUGGCGUGUUCAGAUUGCGAAUCUAAGGACAUUUGCGGAACUUGCGUGCUCACCAAGCCCUCAUACUACAGCCAUUCCGGCAUCCAAUUUAAGGGUGUACAAGCCCACGACGAAAAGAGAUUUCCAAUCUACAGGAAUUUCGAGGAGAGUACAAAAUUCAUUGACGAUGCUUUAAAGAAAGGAGGGAUCGUCUAUGUCCACUGCCAGCAAGGAAUCAGUCGCUCUGCCACAUUGAUAAUCGCUUAUCUUAUGAUGAAGAAGUCUAUGUCUGCCAAGGAAGCAGUGAGAACCGUCAGAAAACGCAGGCCGAUUUUUCCUAAUGAUGGGUUCUUCGAGCAAUUGUGUGAUCUAGAAUUGCGUUAUAGAAAUCACCGUGUCUAUGCUUAAAAUGCAGUAAUGUCGCAAAUUGCACAUGUUAUAUAAAUCAGCCAAGAAUUGUCCUAGCAUGCUUUAUAAACGCAAAUCUCUCAUUUCCUGUUGCGUCAUUGACACCAAAAUCUUGGCCAUUAUUCUUGUUGUUAUUUUUGAGAUAAAUAAAAGCUAUUUUUAACUUUGAA